GGGUUAUCGUUAGAAGGUCGAUCCGGGUACAUGGACGCCUAACCCGUCUAUUUUGCUGAUCAGUGCCGUCAUCUCACCAUACUGGCUCUUACCCAUCGCUAAGUACCAAUGCCUAAUGUGGGUUUAACCACCUUCUACCGUGUUAGCCGCAGUGGGCGGACUGCGGCUUCCCAAAAACGCACUGCUCUCCAAGAGGAUGUUCCUGUUAAAAAUGCAGCUUCAAAGGCAAAAAGACCGGCACAUAAAAAGUUCUCUCAUCUUUGUAAACCAGAGUUAACUGCGGCGACUUCCAGUGCUGCGAAAGACGAACUGCCUUCCACCGAGGACAUUUCGCUAGAUGGUUCCGGAUCCGCAAAACUUGCCGUCGCAUCGAAUGAAAAGCGGAUCAACAAUGGAGGCACCAUACUUGAUUGGCUUUGCGCUGCGACUGAAGCUGGCAAGGAACCAUUGCCUUCCCCAUGUUUCGUACCCAUGAAAACACGGUUGAAAACAGCGGUAUCAUCUUCAUCCGUUUCAUGCGCGUCCAUACUGAGGCGUCCAGCUCACGAACGGUUCGAUCACUUGGCCAGCACUACGCGUUCUACAGCUCCAUCAUCUCUGAAAUCUGAACCCCCCACAGAAGAAGUAGCUGUCGAACCUCAAAUCGAAGCCACGGAAACGAAGUUCCGCACAGAUCUUCCAUUACCUUCUAGCUUUCGUAUUUUAAUGGAGUUGUUCCGUAGCUGUGAUACGGUAGUUAGUAUGCUUCAUAAUCGUGGGGAAGUUUGCGGCUUCAACCGAAUCAAACCAGCUGUUCAGGAAGUCGUCCGUAGGAAUUUUGAAGAGUCCCACGUCGGAAAGUUUUUGACCGUCUAUCCUUUGGUUUACUUGCUACGAUACGACAGGCAACUGGAUAAAUAUACUCGUCGCCCAACUGAUGGAUACACCCUGGUCUUGACUCCGAACCUGCGCACAGAUGGCACUGAACUGGGCUACAACUCCCCUUCCAAAGGACAUCUGGUCUUCACGGGCACACGACUCAUUCAACGGCGCACUCGUUUCCAUCUGCUCCUCCUUGAUUACGUGUUCCGUGCACAUCGAAAUUUUCUUCAAUCUGCACUUGGCUUUGACCCCGCUCAACUACCGGAGGACAAACAUUUGCGACGUUGGCACCCUCGAUUCAAUCUGGAGUCCAUGGUGCCAGAGAUAGCAACAGCGCCGUUACCAGUUCACCUUCCUACCGCAGAUCAAAAAAUUACCACUGCUAAGGACGCCGUGGAGGCGUUUCAGGCACGCGCUCUGUUUCGCGAAGCAGAAGCCUGUCAGAAAGUGGCUAGCCUGAAACAGUACACUUCAUCACCAAUCCCAAGCCCAACAAAGAUGAGCGCUUGCUCGCCUCGUAAGCCACCGAUGUCGCCCCAAACUGCUCCAUCUACUCCUGCGGGUGUAACCGACUCCGGUGUUGAACCUUCUCCAAUCGCGCGCGGUUUGAGUGGGGUUUCCAAGACGCUGCUAGCCAAGGUGCGUGCCCGUGAGAAUGAGCGUCGAAUGCUCACUCAACUCACACAGAGCAUCAUUCCGGAUUCUCAGCGGGCAAUUUACGCUCGUUUGCCUGGCAUGAUUGCUCAGGUGUGGAUGGUUAUGCGAUCGUCCAACGGUCGUGCGCUUCCAAUGUCCACUGUGGCUGCUCGGGUCGCGGACGCUCAUCACAGCGGUCUGUCUGCCAGUGUUGUGAAUGAGCAUCUCGAGGUGCUUCUACAAUUCACUCCCACCUGGUUGGAAAAAUUGGAUUGGGCAGUUCCCCACCUCCGUGUUCGUGAUCCGAAUCUCUCCGUCCCAAAUAUCACUGACUCUGUGAAGGCGAAAUUGUCCACCAUAGGCUUCGUUUCUUGAUCUGACCUCAUCUCUUUAUAGCACUUUUACAUUAUACUUUGAUGUACCAUUCUUAAUGUGUAAUUUCUUAUCUUGCUCUGUACAUUUCGCAUGUCCUCAUCGAUGGCUGACGUACUAUUAUUAUUAUUAAUGUGUGCAUAUGUAACUGUGUAUUAUACUAUUCCUUUCAC